AUGGCUGACGCGUCGAACCCAAACGAUGAGCUUUACCCCAUCGCCGUCCUCAUCGACGAGCUCAAGGCCCAGCAUGACGACGUUCUCCUCCGCCUCAAUGCCAUCCACCGUCUCUCCACCAUCGCCCUAGCUCUUGGUCCCGAGCGCACUCGCGACGAGUUGAUUCCUUUUCUUGACGAAUCGGUCGAGGAUGAGGACGAAGUGCUGGUCGCUCUAAGUGAGGAGCUCGGUACCUUCACCGAGUACGUCGGUGGUCCCCAGUGGGCUCACGUCAUUCUCUCCCCCUUGGAGAACCUCGCCGCCAUCGAAGAACCCGUCGUCCGCGACAAGGCCGUCGAGUCUCUCAACAAGAUCUGCGAAGGUCUCAACCCCCAGCAAGUCGAAGAAUACUUUAUUCCCCUCACCAUCCGUCUCGCCAAGGCCGACUGGUUCACAUCCAAGGUCUCGGGCUGCGGUCUCUUCACAGCCCCUUACAAAAAGGUUUCGCCUCCGGUUCAGGAGCAGCUUCGCAACCAAUUUGGCCUGCUAGUACACGAUGAAACUCCUAUGGUCCGUCGCCAAGCCGCGACCAACAUGGCAAAGUUUGUCAGGGAGAUGCCCGCCUCCAUCGUCGUCGAUGAUAUGAUACCCCUCUUCCAGCAUCUCGUCCAGGACGAUCAGGACAGUGUCAGACUGUUGACGGUCGAAAUUCUCAUCGCUAUUGCCGAAGUUGUUCCCGCUAACAAACAGUCAAGCCAUGGCGUCCUGCUCACAUCGCUGCGCAAUCUGAUAGAGGACAAGAGCUGGCGCAUUGCCAAGGCAGUCGACGAAGAAGUCGUUUCGCGCGAUUUGGUUCCAGCUUUCGUCAAGCUAUUGAAGGAUAACGAGGCCGAGGUCCGCACUGCGAUCGCUGGGCAGAUUCCUGGAUUCUGUGGUCUUGUUGACCACGACGUCCUCCUCAAAGAUAUUAUGCCAAGCGUUGAGGACCUCGUUUCCGACAGCUCACAGCACGUGCGCGCUGCUCUUGGUACUCAAAUCAGCGGCCUGGCCCCCAUCCUGGGCAAACAAGAAACUAUCGAUCACUUGUUGCCCAUGUUUCUUCUCAUGCUCAAGGAUGAGUUUCCUGAGGUCAGACUCCACAUCAUCUCCAAGUUGGAGCAGGUCAAUCAAGUUAUUGGCAUCGACCUGCUUUCACAGUCUCUGCUCCCUGCUAUUGUGCAGCUUGCCGAGGAUAAGCAAUGGAGAGUCCGCCUGGCUAUCAUCGAAUACAUUCCUCUUCUCGCCGACCAAUUGGGCGUCAACUUCUUCAACGAGAAGCUCAGCAGUCUCUGCAUGGACUGGCUCGGUGACACGGUCUUCUCUAUCCGCGAAGCCGCAACACAUAACCUGAAGAAACUCACUGAAGUAUUCGGCGUCGAGUGGGCCAACGAGGCCAUCAUUCCCAAGGUUGUGGAGAUGGGCCAGCACAGCAACUACCUGUACAGAAUGACGACAUGCUUUGCCAUUUCGACUCUUGCUAGCGUUGUGAGCAUCGAUGUUAUUGACAAGUCUAUCCUGCCUAUUCUCGAUAACAUGGUGGCGGAUGACAUUCCCAACAUCCGCUUCAACGUGGCCAAGACAUACUCUGUUAUUAUUGGAGUGCUGCGCCGCCUACCGGAAAAGGGCACCAUCUAUUCUCUGGAGAAGGAGGGUGGUGACGCGGAGCCAUCCCCUCGGGGGCAGGCACUAAUUCAGGAGCGAGUGCUGCCUAACCUGGCCAAGCUGCAAAAGGACGACGACGUGGAUGUGCGGUACUUUGCGACGACGGCGGCCAACGAGGCGACAGCUUCGGGUGGCGAGCCUAUGAAUACAUCACCUUAG